AUGUUGUCUGAUAACACUGGAGGACGCUUGGGUGGUGGUGCUGAAGGAGGUGGUGUAGUUGUAGGUGGAGCAUUUGAUAAGGAUGGUGGAGCAAGAUCGAAUGGCAGAGCUGGAGGAGUAUUUGAUCAGUGGGUGGAUGAGGAUUUGGCGGAGCUGGAGCUGGAGGAGCUGGGGUGGGCUGGGUUGGAGGAAAAUGUGGUGUCCCACGAGUGGGAUGUGGCCAAGGUGGUGGUGCUGGAGGAGUCACUGAUGCCUUUCGGACAUGGAAAAAGUGACCGUGUAGGAGUUGGAGGUGGUGCUGGUGGUUUUGGGAGCGGAAAAGGUGUUGUUGGAGCCGGCGGUGGCAAAGGUGGUGGUAGUAGAGAAGGGGUUGGCAGUGGCUUUUGGACGCAGAGAAGAAGGUGUAGGAUUUUGGAGGGCGAAAAGCGGCCUAGGAGGUGGCAAAGUGACGGGGAAGGUGGUGGUGUCGGGGGAGAAGUCGGUGGCGGCAGUGCUAGUUUCGGUGGAGGCAUAGGAGGUGGCAGAGGCGGUGCUGGAGGAGAAGGAUUCAAAUGUGGCAUUGGUGAUGGGAAAGGUGGUGGAGGAUUUUGGUGGUGGUGGUGGUGGUGGUGCAAGUUAUGGCUUUGGAAGAAUAGGCGGGGGGGCUGUCGGCGGCAGUUUCUUGUGGCGGAGGUGGUUGCCAGUGGUGGUGUAAGCGGUAGCUAUGGAAGUGGAGGAGGCGCGGGCGGCGAUGCUAGUGGCGGCGGCGGCGGGCCUCUGAGAUUCUCUGCUAGACAGCCAUUCAUUGGGUUAACUUCUACAACUUUGAUUCUCUUGGUCCUGCUCCGAAGUUGCUUUGCCAAGAGCGUUCCUGCAAAUUUCGUUUUCGGAGAUUCCUUGGUUGAAGCUGGAAACAACAACUACAUCCCGUCGCUUUCGAAGGCUAACUUCAUCCCCAAUGGGAUCGACUUUGGCGGCCCAACGGGACGGUUCACAAACGGAAGAACAAUCAUCGACAUCAUAGGCGAAGAGUUGGGUUUCGAGGAUUAUACUCCUCCAUACCUGGCUCCGACGACGGUUUGGCCCGUCGUCUUGCAGGGGGUCAACUAUGCUUCUGGUGGAGGCGGAAUCCUUAACUCCACUGGACAGAUUUUCGGCGAUCGAAUAAACUGGGAUGCGCAGUUAGAUAAUUUCGAGAAUACAAGGCAAGACAUAAUCUCGGGCAUCGGCAUUUCUGCAGCCACGGAGCUGUUCAAGACAGCCCUCUUCUCGAUCACCAUCGGAUCGAAUGAUUUCAUCAAUAACUACUUGACGCCAGUGAUCUCCGCAGCUGAGCAGAGAUUGAUAUCUCCAGAAGUUUUCGUGAACACAAUGAUUUCCAGAUAUAGGCAGCAACUUCUGAGACUUUAUGAUCUGGGCGCGAGGAGAAUCGUCGUAGCAAAUGUAGGGCCGAUAGGUUGCACACCAUUCGAGAGGGACACCAAUGGAGCUGACACAGAUUGUUGCAUUGACUUCCCGAAUCAGAUGGCUCAGUUAUUUAAUAACCAAUUGAGAAGCCUUGUUGUAGACCUCGGCUCAAGUUUGGAAGGAUCGAAAUUCGUUUAUGCCGACGUGUAUCGCAUCGUACAAGACAUUAUCGACAAUUAUAUUUCAUACGGUUUCGAAAACCCAAAUUCGGCAUGCUGCUACACUGCGGGUCAGUUCGGGGGUCUGAUACCUUGCAGUCCGCUUUCUAGUGUUUGUCAGGACAGGUCAAAGUAUGUCUUCUGGGAUCCAUAUCAUCCUUCGGAUGCUACAAACGUCAUAAUCGCGAAGCGUCUUAUGGAUGGUGGAGUUCAAGAUAUCACGACGAUGAACAUUCGGCGACUCGUCGAAUCCUGAUCAAAUAAGUAGCGCAAAGUAAGACAUAUAUGGAUAUGGAUAUAGCUAGUGAUCGAUUCGGAUUUCACGUAAUUGGGUUGGAGAAAGAGUAUGGACUGUGCUUACAUAGAGGAAACGGUAAAUCGUCCACAGGUAUUCAACAGUAUUCAUUUCACAUGAUAUAUGUAACUUGAUACCCGGGGAAAAAGAUGUUCUUGUCUCGUGCAUGGAAGCUCAAGACAGCGUGUUUCAUCAGAUUGUGUUCAUUGCUUCAUGGAACCAAGAAAUUGCUGUUAUAAGUGCCCAUUUUGAUCGAUACUUGUUGAUCAAGACAAUCCGUGAGAGGAGAUGUUUAAGAAGUAACUCGAGUAAACAUCGAGAGUGGCCACAUGCCUUUCGCAC